AUGUUUGGAGGAUGUGGGAUGAUUGUCCUAUUAGUCUAUUGGGAAACAACAUGGAUAUUCCAGAUUUGGCUGUUGAGAUCCUGCACCAAGGAAGCCAAAGGGACCUGGAGGAAUUUUUUGGUGUGGCUUGGGAGGAUUUGGUACAAUAGAAACCAUGUGCUUUAUGAGGCAAAUGGAACCUCGGAAGCUCACAUUUGGGGGGCUGCUAUCCGUAUGAUUGAAGACUUCAAAGAAGCAAAUGGGCUGGAUUUUAAACACAAGAUGGACAAGAAGGAUCAUUGGGAACCUCCUUCUGUGGGCUUCUAUGUCAUUAAUGUGGAUGGUGCUAUCCCUUUGGCCAAUGGACACUCAGGAAUUGGAAUUAUAGUUCGAGAUAGCGAUUGCAGAUUUUUUGCAGCCGUGUCUAUGCUCCUCCAAGGAAGAUAUUCUGUCGAGGAAACCGAGGCAAUUGCAGUGGAGCAGGGAUGUGUGUUGGCAAAAAAGCUUGGCCUAGAGAGAGUUAUCAUAGAGACCGACUCUCUCCUUACUGUCCAAGCUGUUGAAGCAAAUGAUGUUAGAGAAGCUGUUGGCCACAUUGUGAAGAGCAUUGUGCAAAGUUUAUGCAGUAUUCAGGAGUCAAAAAUUAGACACAUUAAUAGGACUAGCAACAAAAUAGCCCAUGAACUAGCUGAGCAUGCUAGAAGAAUUAGAGAAACUUUCAUUUGGAGUGUGGGAAUCAUGUAA